GUCAGCUUCAGAAGACACUCCGAAGGUCUCGGAAGACACGUGGUUUGCCCCACGGAUGACACGACGUAGGAAUGGGCCCUGGAUGGACUUCUGUAGCACAUUCCACGCUGUUCAAGCAUCCUCCUCACGCCAGUCUUCCUCUGCACCGCAAGGCUUUAAUCCGUCCCCCAGCAUGCAGUCGGGCCAGCAGCGCAAGCUUCCGAGCAGCGGCGGUGCGGCCUUGCCGCAGAAGCGCUUCUACCGCGCGCGAGCGCACAGCAACCCCCUCAGCGACAACCUCUUUCCUGUCCCAGUAUGCCCUGCAGAGGUGGACUGGUCCGCUCACUUCCCCGCCUUCUUCUCCCAGACUGCUGCUGGGGCGGCUCAACUGCCUGCUAGCGUUGCUGGCGCUGCCGGUGCUGCUGGUGUUGCUGGCGCUGCCGGUGCAGCCAGUGGCUCUGAUGGCGCGGCGGAAGGCGAGGCAGCUGCCGCAAUCGACACAAAUGGAGCAGCGGAGCAGCAACCCGGCAGUGGCAGCACCACCACGCCUACCAGCAGCAAGGAGCAGCCGAUGGUCCGAUUCGCGGACGUUGGGUGUGGCUUUGGAGGGCUCCUAGUGAAGCUAUCUCCUAUGUUUCCAGACACACUCAUGGUUGGGUUUGAGCUACGUGACAAGGUCAGCGAGUAUGUCAAGGACCGCAUUCUGGCGCUCAGGCAACAACACCCCAACCAGUACACCAACAUCUCACUCAUCCGCACCAACGCCAUGAAGUACCUGCCCAACUACUUCACCAAGGGACAGCUGACCAAGAUGUUCUUUCUCUUCCCGGAUCCGCAUUUCAAGGAGAAGAACCACCGCAGGCGAAUCAUAACGACUGCUCUCCUGGCAGAGUAUGCAUAUGUGCUUGCACCAGGAGGCAUCCUGUACACAAUAACGGACGUGGAGGAGUUAGGGGUGUGGAUGGACGAGCACCUGGCGGCGCACCCUCUCUUCCGAAAGCUGACCCAGGCGCAGAUGGACGCAGACCCGGUCAUUCUCCUGCUCGCCACGUCCUCAGAAGAAGGCCUCAAGGUGCAACGAAAUGGAGGCCGCACGUUUCUGGCAGUGUAUGAGCGGGUGGCUGCUGCUGGCAGUGUAUGAGCGGGUGGCUGCUGCUGGCCGUAUAUGAGUGGGUGGCUGCUGCCGGCAGUGUAUGAGCGGGGGCUGCUGCUGCUGCGACGGGCAAGGCGUGAUCGCUUCUUUAUUCAGGCUCCUCAGAAGUGGGUGCCUGCACUGGAACUGAGAACGGAGCGCGCGUGACGGUUAUGUGGCUGCGGACGGGCUUUCCGUAAGCUCUGCUAUGAGCCUCCUGGUAGCAUGUAUCAGGGAUCCCUUCCAAGAGGCACCCAAGCAUGCUGACAACGCCCCUGCAGUUCAGCUCAAUACAUAAAAUACAAUCCACAACAGGGCCUAGGAGCGUGUUCCUAUGAACCUCUUCCCAGGCAACCUUUUCUAGACAUGCAAGGAUAUGGAGACUGGCCACUGGCCAUUGGCCAGACUAUGCUCAACUGAAAGCUGUUGUGAUAAAUGAAGUUUUGCAUUCCUG